CACAUUUUAAAUAGUUGUGGGAAAAAAUUUUCCAAUCUGAAACUAAUAGGAAGCAUAAUGUAUAAAGCAAAGUACCUGGAAUUAAGAUCUGUGUUCAGAUUUGCUCUCAGACACUGUCUAAUGCUAAGUAGGUUAUUUUCUCACUCUCUGCCUCAGUUUCCUCAUCUGUAAAAUGGGAAUAAUAAUAAUAAUAAUAAUAAUAGCACCUAAAACUCCCAGGGUUGUUAUGAUGGUAAAAAUCAGAUAUUCGUCAACCAUUUUGCAAAUGUCAAAGAGCUUUAUAAAUGCCAGCUAGGGAGUGCCUGGAACCUGUUCCACCCAUCACACAAAUAGGCCAGGCAAAAUGAUGUGGUCCCAUGCUUGCAGGCAUGUAAGUCGGCAGGCACUUCCUAAACUCAUUUUCUUAUUACUGUCUGUUUCCUGAGUGUAUUUAUACUCGACUCCAGUCUAAAGAAAGAAAUGACAAAGCAAAAAAUAAAAAAAAUAAAAAAAAAUAAAAAAAAAAAACCCGCACCAACAUCCCAAAUGGUUCAAGCACUGAAGCUCUCUUUUGGUGCUGGGCAGUCUGGGUUCUUGUCUCCACGGAACUGAAAUGGUCCUUUCAGAGGGAUCCGGGGCUAGACAGGGAAACACUAGCCCCCAGCGGUGUGUGGCACUGUGGCUUUGGGUCAGACCCACAAAACGCGCUUUGCACCAGGGGAAAUAAAAAGACAUCGCAUGCUUAGAUGGAUUAUCGGCCCCACUUGGCUCUGGCUGUCAGUGAUAAGGCGCUGGCUACCGGAGGGCGGGGGUAGGAAGAAGUUGGAGAGCCCUGAAGGAGUGCUCGUCUUUUGUCUUUGCUCCAGGAGCCGUCAUGUCGCCAUUUCUUCGCAUUGGCUUGUCCCACUUUGACAGUGGACCCUGUCAGCCGUGCCAAGGAGAGAUGGUCAGCCCUUACUGCGCUGUGCUCGUCAAAGAAUCUGUGGAAUCAGAAAAUGGGCAAAUUUUUGUCCAGAAGAAGCCUACCAUGUACCCACCCUGGGACAGCACUUUUGAUGCUCACAUCAAUAAGGGGAGAGUGAUGCAAAUCAUAGUGAAGGGGAAAAACAUCGACCUGAUAUCUGAAACAACCGUAGAACUCUACUCGUUGGCAGAAAGAUGCAAGAAAAACAAUGGAAAAACAGAAAUCUGGUUAGAGCUGAAACCUCAAGGCCGAAUGCUAAUGAAUGCAAGAUACUUUCUGGAAACGAGUGAUCCUAAAGUCCCGAGUAAAUUUGAUACAGAAGGAUUCUUUACGUUGCAUCAUCGCCGAGGAGCUAUAAAGCAAGCCAAAGUCCACCAUGUCAAGUGUCAUGAGUUCACUGCCACCUUUUUUCCCCAACCCACUUUCUGUUCCGUUUGCCAUGAGUUUGUCUGGGGCCUUAACAAGCAAGGGUACCAGUGCCGACAAUGUAAUGCAGCAAUUCACAAGAAAUGCAUCGAUAAAGUUAUAGCCAAGUGUACAGGAUCAGCCGUGAACAGCAGAGAGACAAUGUUCCACAAGGAGAGAUUUAAAAUUGAUAUGCCCCAUAGAUUUAAAGUCUACAAUUACAAGAGCCCAACUUUCUGUGAGCACUGUGGAACCCUACUCUGGGGACUGGCAAAACAAGGGUUAAAGUGUGAUGCAUGUGGCAUGAACGUUCACCACCGAUGCCAAACAAAAGUGGCCAACCUUUGUGGGGUAAACCAGAAACUCAUGGCAGAAGCCCUGGCAAUGAUCGAAAGCACCCAACAGGCUCGAUGUUUACGUGACACAGAACAGAUCUUCAGAGAAGGUCCGGUUGAAAUUGGCCUUCCUAUCCAUUUCAAGCAAGGAGCAACAAUUCCAUAUUUACCAAUGACUACAACUGGGAAAAAAGAACCUCAAGGAAUCUCUUGGGAGUUGCCAAUGGAAAGGAUGGUGAACACCGAACCUCUUUCAGGACCGGUACUGAAGACAGAACAACCAUCCUUAAAAAUGAAAUUCAGUAUGGAGGAUUUUAUUUUACACAAAAUGUUGGGAAAAGGAAGUUUUGGCAAGGUAUUCCUGGCAGAAUUCAAGAAAACAAACCAAUUCUUUGCAGUAAAAGCCUUGAAGAAGGAUGUAGUUUUGAUGGAUGAUGAUGUCGAAUGUACGAUGGUGGAAAAGCGAGUUCUUUCACUGGCCUGGGAGCAUCCGUUUCUAACUCACGUGUACUGCACAUUCCAGACUGAGGAAAACCUUUUUUUUGUGAUGGAAUAUCUCAAUGGAGGAGACCUGAUGUACCAUAUCCAAAACUGCCACAAGUUUGAACUUUCUAGGGCCACGUUUUAUGCUGCUGAAAUCAUUCUUGGUCUACAGUUCCUUCAUUCGAAAGGUAUCAUCUACAGGGACCUGAAACUAGACAAUAUUCUACUAGACAAGGAUGGACACAUCAAAAUAGCUGAUUUUGGUAUGUGCAAGGAGAACAUGUUUGGAGACAUGAGGACAAGCACGUUCUGUGGAACCCCUGACUACAUUGCACCAGAGAUACUGCUGGGUCAGAAAUACAACACUUCCGUGGACUGGUGGUCCUUUGGUGUUCUCCUCUAUGAAAUGCUAAUUGGUCAGUCACCUUUCCAUGGCCAAGAUGAAGAAGAGCUCUUCCACUCUAUCCGAAUGGACAACCCCUUAUACCCAAACUGGCUUCAGAAGGAUGCCAAGGAUAUUUUAGUAAAGCUUUUUGUGAGAGAACCUGAGCGAAGACUUGGGGUGAAGGGGGAUAUUCGUCUACAUACCUUCUUCAGGGAGAUCAACUGGGAGGAUCUUGAAAGAAAGGAGAUAGAGCCGCCAUUCAAACCAAAAGUGAAAUCUCCAAGCGACUGCAGUAACUUUGAUAAAGAAUUCCUGAAUGAGAAACCACGACUAUCUUUUGCCGACAGAACGCUGAUAAACAGCAUGGACCAAAAUAUGUUCAGCAACUUUUCCUUCAUUAACCCUAAGAUGGAGAGGAUGUUAUCCUGAGGAUUUAGUCUUUCCAGAGCCUUUUGGUUGAAGGAAUUUGCCUUCUUUCUUUGAACUGAUUCAAGCAACACUUAAUCACGUCCUUUUUCAUCUCAGAGAAGAAAAGAAACACUCAACAAUGAGGGCUCAGAGCUUUUACCAAUACUCCUGACAUUUAUCUGUAGAGUAAGCCAUCUCUACUUCACUAAUGACAAAUGCCUCGCGUUACAUCUCCUGCCAUCUUUUACAGAAUGCUCUCGAAUUUCAGGACAUUAGAGAAAGGACUCGCCGUGAGGUUCAGAUUUGCCAUCUCACUCCCUGCACAGUAGUAAUUUACUUGAAAGAUGGUACUGCGUACUAUGAAAGAUUGAACAACUUAAUACUGCCCUAAAUUAGCCCCUGCACUUGAGUACAAAAUGCCGAUCAAUGGACUCCUUGAUGAAUCAAGGCACAAACUGCAUACGAAACGUCUCGAGACUAUAACAGUUCGUUGCCAAAUGCCGUAGCAAUUUUCCUCCAGCCUCAGACCAGGAGCUGCUGACCUAUUUUACCCUGUUCACAUCUGUGGAAGCUUAAAUGGCCAAAAGAAAACUGAGAACAGUAACAAGGUUUUCAUGGGAAUCCUUCACAAUAAAUGUAACCUGUCACUUGAGAUUUGCAAAACCAUUCAUUCUGAUUAUCCACAUUCCCCACACUGUUUUGCAAGAGAUAACAUUGGUAAGUUGGAAGAACGUAUGUCUCCCCUGGAAGUUUAAUAGUCUAUUUCAUCUGGUUGUCCUGGCAAUGAAGAAAUUAAAUGCAGAAUCUACAAAAGAUGAUAUCAAAUUAUUUCCCUCAAUUAAAACUUGCCUCGACUUUCCACUAAUCCAUUUUUCACUUGAUGCCAUUUUUAAUGGCCGUUGCUGACUACCAUCCUCAUUUUAUUAGAGGAAAAGGAACACAACCAUCAUGACAACUCAAAACAUCCAAUGUCAAAAUACUCCAGGGAGAUUAACCCAUCUUCUCUUGGGUUUUUCCGUUUUGUUUUGUUUUGUGCAACAUUCAAGAUAAAGAACCUUGUGUGUCAUUUUAGUAGGCACCUUGUUUGAUUAGAAUUCUUAACUAGGGCACUUUUAAAGUGCCGUUGCUGUUUGUAUAGUUUAAUAAAAUGUUGUGACUUAAUGGCAAA